CCACCUGUCGGGCGAUCGAGGGCCGAGUUUUGAAAUGACGCGCCGCUGGGCAUGCCGCGGGCGGACGAAGUCAUGCGAGCUCGAAGGGGAGGCAUGGACGAGGAUCGGAGGAAGUCUUGAUCGAAGAGGAAUUGAUGGAAAACGUGCCGAAUUGCUCGCUCGCUCGCUCGCUCGCUUUCGGAGUGCUUUUCGUGAUGGACAGGGAUCAUGGCCAGAGGAUGCAGCUCGUUCGUUCGGGCCGCGUCGGCAUCAUCAUCCAGACUUGUGUCGUCCUUGCAGGUGUAGAGAUUUUGGGAUAUCCAGUAAGCAAGGCAUCCCAGGAAGAGAAGCGGCAGAAAAGCAAGAAAUAAAAGCCAUGGAUCCGUUUUCCACAUUGACUCUUCCUUUGAAGGAGGGGGAAAUCUGAACGAUUCAUAAGAUGAGGAGGAGAAAAGCAAUGGCCUGUCUUGUCUUCCGCACAUGUCAUAUCCAUUUUCCUCUAGGAUCACAUGACACGACAACAAGGCCACUACCGAGGGUAAACGAUGUAACUUGAACGAGACGCAGAAGGAUGAUGGUGUGGAUAGAUAGAUCAAAG